AGGGAAAGACCCCCUUCCCUUCUUCCCCGCUCGCCAAACCCUAGCCGUUUCCCUUGGGGAAGAAGAUGCUUCGAAACUCUGGUUCCUCCUUGAGGCUGAUUGCCUCCCUCCAAACCCUAAUCCCGUCCUCCAGCCAUCAGCUCCUCCAGCGCUCCCCGGUGAGCGGCACUGCUAAGGGCAAGGCCAAGCUCAAGGCCGGCCAAACACUGAAGCGCUCCACCCUGGGCAGGAAGAAGGCUGCCGGCGGCGAGCCUGCCACUUCCCGUGGAGGCGGCCGCGCCCGCAACGAGGCCAUCGAGCGCCUCAACCGCAUGGUCGACUCCUGCCUCAACGCCCCCGCCCCGGUCCGCCACCUCACCGCCAAGGAGCGCGCCCGCGAGGCCGAGCGCGAGAAGCUCGGCCUUAUCUCCAAGGAGCGCCAGCGAGAGAUCGACCAGGAGAAGGCCCGCGCUAAGGCCGGUGGCGCCGCCCCGGAGGAGGAGCCCGUCAUCAUGGGGACCCCAGGGCUGGAUCUCAUCACCCUUGGCCUCGUCGACAAGGAGUCCAUCCCAAAGUACGAGCUCACGGUGGAGGAUGGCCGCCGGCUCGCCAAGGAGUACAGCCGAGUGCUGAUGCGGAAGCACCGGGCCCGGCAGGCAGCGGAGACGACUCUCCUCCGGCUCAAGAAGGAGGCGAUCGCCGCCCUGCCGGACCACCUCCGGGAGGCGGCAUUGGUCCCGGACCUCACACCCUUCCCGGCGAACCGGUACAUGGCCACGCUCACGCCGCCGAUCGAGGGCUACAUCGAUAAGGUCAGGGAGGCUGCCAAGAAGCACACUGUGAAGGAGAAGCUCCGGUGAAGAAAGCAAUCCUCCUCUUUCUCGAAACAGAAGGAGUUUCUUGAGGUACGUAUUUCCAACAUCGCAGGCUUUAAUGGUGGAAAGUUUCAACUUAAAAUUCUGGAAAGGGAAUCCUAUUAUAUGGAUUUCUCAUACUCUUAUACUGUAUUCUGAGGAACAAAAAAGACUGGAACUUACCUGUAUUCUGAGGAAUUUAGAGGCUUUUUAUGCAUAAAGUGGUGUUUUGGAGUAACCUAUGGUCAGGUUGCAUUGCUCUGAAAAUGUUUUGGGGCAGAUACAGACUUAAUCAUCAAACGUCAUAAAAAUAGAUGCAAAUUGGACUGGGUUUAUGUUUCAGUGAAUGAAGAAACAUAAAGUUUUGAAGACAGAAAAUUUGGAGGGAUGCAAAAUUCGUAUUUGAUUCUUCUGAGAUGUAACAAUCAGUUAAGGUUGAAAAAGAAGGAUGGCUGUAAGUUGAUGCUGUGACUGCUAAGAGGAGAACGUAAAGAAUAUUAAGAAGGCAGAAGAUGACAGUUUCGUGUUCAGAAAAGUGAGACAAAAACAAUGAAGAGGAAGAAGAAAGGGGUAAAAUGAAGAAAAAAACAUGAAUAUGAUAAUAUCAAGCAUAAUCGAGUGAAUGGUUGAAAUGAAGAAACAUGUUGAUGCUGAAUAGAAAAUUGUUUCUUUCAUAAUUCUUGUUUCGCAGACAACAGCUUAAUUGGUUAAUGGAUAUGAAAAAGAUCUGUGGUUUUAUUCAAACUGGGUUUCUUCAUCCUUGCUAAUAUUAUCGACAUAAUUAAUAUUCCCAGGUUCAGUUCAUUUUUAUUAUUUAUUGU